AUGUCGUCCGCCGCAGCGCGCAAAAAGUCCGUCAUUUCCGCCUCCACGCCCACCAUCGACCUGCCCGUCGCCAACAACACCCUCCUCAACAAGGCGGCGUCGCAAUCAACCUCCCUCUAUCAGCAAUGCUCAGCCCUACGCACUCGCUUGAUGCAUGUUCGGGACUUUGCUGAAUGGUUUUCUAUUUCCUCCCCACCCGACUCUUCGCGGCGCUCUACGGAUCCUGUAACACAGCUUUGGGACUGCUUCGUUCUCGGGUACCCGCUCUGCUAUCUCUUCAACCUUCUGCCCGACUCUUUCAAGCGCAUUGACCUCGACGUCAACCCCUCAUCUUUCGAUGGCACGGAGAAGGCGAAGAAACGCGCGAUUAUCUCCUUCGCCAUGAGGAUUACCGAGAUCGAGGGCUGUGAGGGUUUCACAGUCUCAGAGUUCCUGGAUCGGAACUCUACCGACGGUUUGGUCAAGGUCGUGAAUAACGUCAUCCAACUCGUGCGGCAGUCGACAGACUCGCUCACAAGUGACGGCGUAGCACCGUCGGCGGAGACCAGUGAGGGCGGGGCUCGUUUCAAUAACAUUGUCCGGGAACUUGUGGAGACCGAGAGGAAAUAUGUGCAGGAUUUGGAAGUCAUGCAGAAAUAUUCCCAAGCGGCGACUCAGAUGAACGCGCUCGAUCGUGAAACAAUUCAUCUCCUUUUUCCUGGCCUCAAAGACCUGCUGAAUUUCCAGAGGAAAUUCCUGAUCAAACUCGAGAGCAUGGCUGAACAGUCUUGGGGAGACCAGAGCUGGGGAUUCCCGUUCACGGAGAAUGAAGAAGCCCUUGCUGCGUCAUAUCGAACGUACUGCGCGAAUUACACGACAGCGUCGGACAUUCUACUACAAGAAAUGCCAAACCUGAGCGCGCUUGAUAGUGUACUCGCGAAAUCGGACCUACCGGCUUUCCUAAUCAAGCCAGUACAGAGAAUUUGCAAGUAUCCCUUACUGUUGGAGUCCUUGCAAAAAGCGGUCAAGGGCACAGAGUACCCGUACCACGAAGAACUCGCGGAGGGCGUCGCAGCCGCCAAGCGUGUCACCGAUAGGAUCAAUGAGGCCCAACGUCAGGCAGAGAACGAGGCGACCGUCGAGGCGCUCAAACUCCGUGUCGACGACUGGAAGGGGCAUGAACUGCCCAACUUCGGCCAGCUGCUUCUCGAUGACAUCUUCACGGUCACCAAGUCCGCUGUGGAUCGCGAGUACCAUGUCUUUUUGUUCGAGAAAAUCAUUCUCUGCUGCAAGGAGUACCUGGCCGCGCCUCAAAAUGGCCGAAAGGUCGGCAAGAGCAACUCGAUCCUGAAGAAGCCUCCCAUUUCGCCUAUCUCGCCCUUUCCUGGAGGCGGAUCCUCGAAGAAGCGGACUACGCCGCUCUUGCUCAAAGGCCGUAUCUUCCUCAACAACGUAACAAAAGUGGAACCCGAGAUCUCCGCAGGUCAAUACUCUUUGGCGGUGUUCUGGCGUGGUGACGACGAUCUCGAAUACUUCACUCUGCGUUGCCGCAACGAAGAACAGCUCCGGAUGUGGGAGAACCAGCUCAAUCGAUUGAUCCAGGAAGUUGCUAGCCGACGUGCCUCAGGACGUUCCCACCAGAGACUGGCCCAUCUCACGCAGACUGUACCUACGAACGGAUCUUCCCAACGGCCUUCGUACGAACAAGAACGGGGAUACUCCAUGUUUUCUCAGUCGACCGCUUACAGCGCGACCUCUCCGUAUAGUUCAGGACCAGUGCCUCCACGUAUGGGCAGGCAUCCGUAUGCUGCCGCCGGCGAAGAUUCUGCGAUGGCAGCCGGCCCUGCCAAUGGAUCCUAUUUCAGUGGGUAUGGUGGUCCUCAGGGAUACCCGCCACCUGACGGGUUUGAUCUCGAUCUCGACGACGAGUUCGAGGAGUACCCUCCGACGUCACGGCCUCCGUCAGGACGCGGGACGCCGGUGGGUGCGCGCCGACCGGAGCUCAAUGGUUUCCCCUCUGCAGGCAGUGUUCGGAGCAGCACCCAUACACCGGUGUCUGCAUCUGCUGCCUACAACUCGCCAUACAGUACAGGGAGGCCGUCAAUAUCACGCAACACGGGCAGUUUCGCGCAGGAGAACGUUCCAGAAUCGAGCCUCCCCAGAGCCAGUCUGCGCAACCAGUAUAGCGCGACGAAGCUCAAGUCGGCGUACGACAAGGCGGAGACGCGCUCGAACCCUAGUCCGCGUGUCAGCGGAACGGGCCCAGUGCCUAUGCGGUCGCGCAGUGCUAGUCAGCCGUCAGCCUACAUGCCGCCACAGAACAUGCCGCCGCCUCCGCUACCAACGUCUGUACCUUGGGGGCACAGGCCAGGCCAGAACAAGCGUGGCAGUGGCUCGAGCCAGUCCACUGGCGACAGUUCGGACUACUCGCCACACAGCAGCGGUUCCCCCAUCACUCCCUUCGGGUCUAGCGAUUCGUCUUUGACAGGUGUGUCCAGUACGCGCACGUCACACUCGCAGCACAGUGACCAGGUUGUCACGUCCGCUGCUUCAGUAUUGUCCGCGCAGGUGAAGGUGAAGGUACACUUCCACGAAGACAUCUUCGUCAUCCAAGUACCACGUUCGACGGAGUUCGACGAGCUCGUGGAACGGGUGGGGAAGAAAAUCAGACUAUGCGGUCCACGAAGGGACGACGGACCGUUGCGCGUGAAGUACAAGGACGAGGACGGCGACUUGGUGUCCCUGGGAUCCACGGAGGACGUGCAAAUGGCUUUCGAAUCUUUCAAGCCUGGGAACCAAGUAACGCUCUAUGUUCAAUGA